UGUCCCAUCCUAAUUAGUAAAUGGAGAAUUCUACUCAACCCAUAGUGGUUUUUGUGUUACUAUUUCUUUGUAAUGCAAUCAUAGUGGGAUGCAUUCCAUCUAUCGAAGAGGUUUCGCCGAAGUUGUACAAUGAUUCUCAUACUCACUUCUACAUGGCUUGGACGACUGACACUGGAAAGAGUUGCACAAAUAUGCUUUGCCCUGGCUUUCACAAAAUAUCAUCAAGCAUAGCUCCACGGAAGAUCCUCGACAAAGUUUCAAGAAUACAUGGACCAAAAUGGUUUAUGACACUAAGAGUAUUCAAGGAGAAAUCUUCUGGUGAUUGGCAUGUCUACCUAUACAAAGAUAAUGGUAUUCAAGAACUAGUAGGUUACUUUCCAAAGUAUUUGGUUCCAGGACUCAUAAAUAAACAAGUUGAGAUAAGUUUUGGUGGCUAUGUGUAUUACAAGAAACCACAACCGAGUCCUCCAAUGGGUAGCGGUUAUGUUAUAGCCAGCAGCAAUGCGGCAUCAUUCAACAUCCUAAGGCUUAUCGAUGCUCAUGGUAAUGAUCAUGUAGUCAAUACUGAUCUGCCAUCUUAUAUUGACAGGAAGGGUUGUUACACUCCUUCACAGAUUGACGCUUCAACUAUAUUCUUUUAUGGGGUUCCAUAACAAGGGUACAUCAGAACAAAAGAGCUUGCCUGAGCAAAGCAGUGACCCAAGAUGAUUCUACUAGACGACCUCUUUUGCACACAAGAACGUUCCU